AUGCGCCCGCACCUUCUCCUGCUUCUCGCUUCAUGGCUUCACGUCGUGAACAGUCUGACCCUCCUGGAGCGGAAUGAGCUUGCCCGGAAGUUCAAGUACUACUUCGCGUCGGUGCGGCCCGUCUCGCGCGACAACUACAUUUCCGACGAAAACGGGACGCGCUUCUCGAUCGAUACCGAGCUGCACAUCUUGAAUUCGAUCCGAACACAGAAUUCGAUAGCCAUCGAAGCGUUCGUCCUCUGCACAUUUGUCGAUGAUCGCCUGAUUCUGAGGGAGCUGCACGACCGCUUUGAAAUCACCGAGUUUGAGCCGUGGAAGCCGAGGAUCGGCACAAGCCCGCCGACGCAGCUAAAGAUCAACUACUACCUCUCACCACAAACCGGCGAGCUCAAUUAUUAUUAUAGGGUGAAAGAGGUGAUCCCGUGCUCGGGCGACUCUUGGCGCCACCCCUUCGAGGUGUUCAACUGCGAGCUGGCGAUUGAAAAUGCUGGAGAUGAACUGCUCCGUGUCGUCGACCAUCGUGACGCACGGCCACGAAUCCAGAUGCGGCAGGUCGGGCUGGAAAUUGAGGAAUGGCCAGUGCCGUUGAUAAGGCUGUGGUUUCGCGCAACCUGGCACACGGCCCUCGUUUCCGUAUAUCUGCCGUCGUUCCUCGUCUUUGCUGUGGUCGUUUUUGCCCAAUGGAAACGCCGAAAAAUCCAGGUGAUCGUCACCGUCGCCGCGCUGGUGUGCAUCAUCAUUUUGCUCUCCUCCCAGCGCUCCUACCCGACGCUAACCAUGAAGGAUCUCUGGUUGUGCUCCACCUUCCUGCAUACGGUGUUUCUGCUAAUCGUUGACGUCACGCUACCGGCCCGUCGCGUCAAAUACACGCUACUCGUCGACGUCAACGGCCGGCCCGCCAAUUUGGCCUCUCCGGAAACGAGUCCUGAUGCACCCCGGGCUACCGUAGUCCACCGUGCACCACGGGCGGAAAGCGAGGCGACAACGGUGGAGAGCGUUGACGCAGAAGUGGCGGAUAGGCUGAGCGGCAGGAAGGGCCAUUUCCCGAUCACUUCUCCCCUCCUCCAGGGCCGGAAGGCGAUGAUGGCCAUCCAAAAAUUCGCGGGCAAACACUUUGCCCAGCAAAAAGUGGAGAGCCACGUGAUCCGAGGAUGUCCCGGUCAGGAGGUGCCACUCCAUCGCCAGAUCACCGCCAACACACUUGGGCACCGGAAGCGGAUGGCGCUACUGGGCGUCUGUCUCUCCUACGGGCUCUUUUGUAUAUUGUAUCUUCUCGUAGUGAUCUUGAUUAUUUGGGAG